GUUGAUUCUCACCUGGAGGAGGGGCUGCUGACGAAGACGUGUCUGUUAAGGAGGGAAAAAAAGAAGAAGAGCAAGAGGGGAAGGAAAAGGGAACAACAUUUCCAUCAUGUCUCCAUCCUGCUCAUGAUGCCUUCAUCACCUCCGAGCCCAGCGCAGCAGCUACGGACGGGUUUGCCACCUUUACACGUGGGUCUGAUUGAAAUGAAGCCGCUGCACGUCCAUGACAUGAUCCGGGCUGCACGGGAGACACCCACGGGAAGAGAGUGCUCUCGUCUUUGGCACUGACUGAGUGGCUCGAGCGAAGAUGAUCAAAGUGGCGGCAAGGUCGUCCGUAGCGCAGCCGCCGGACGCGGUGGACAUCAUUCGAAGCAAGCACAACCGCCGGGUAAGGCUCAACGUUGGGGGUCUCCUUCACGAGGUCCUGUGGAGGACGCUGGACCGCCUGCCCCGCACGAGACUUGGCAAGUUGCGGGACUGCCACACCCAUGAGUCCAUCAUGGAGAUCUGCGACGACUACAGCCUGGACAGCAAUGAGUACUUCUUCGACAGGCACCCCGGCGCCUUCACGUCCAUCCUGAACUUCUACCGCACGGGGAAGCUGCACAUGAUGGAGGAGAUGUGCGCCCUGUCCUUCAGCCAAGAGCUGGACUUUUGGGGCAUCGACGAGAUCUACCUGGAGUCCUGCUGCCAGGCCCGCUACCACCAGAAGAAGGAGCAGAUGAACGAGGAGCUCAAAAGGGAGGCGGAGAACAUGAGGGAGCGGGAAGGUGAGGAGUUUACCACCACAUGCUGCUCGGAGAAGAGGAAGAAACUUUGGGACCUCCUGGAGAAACCCAGCUCAUCAUUUGCUGCUAAGAUCCUGGCCAUUAUCUCCAUCCUCUUCAUAGUGCUGUCCACCAUCGCCUUGUCCCUGAACACCCUGCCGGAGCUGCAGGACAACGAUGAGUUUGGUCAACCCAUCGACAACCCCAAGCUGGCCCAUGUUGAGGCCAUCUGCAUCGCCUGGUUCACCAUGGAGUACCUGCUGCGCUUCCUCUCCUCCCCCAACAAAUGGAAGUUCUUCAAGGGUCCUCUUAACAUCAUCGACCUGCUGGCCAUCCUGCCCUACUACGUCACCAUCUUCCUGACGGAAUCCAACAAGAGCGUUCUGCAGUUCCAGAACGUCCGACGCGUGGUGCAGAUUUUCCGGAUCAUGCGCAUCCUGCGUAUUUUGAAGCUGGCUCGGCACUCCACUGGUCUUCAAUCGCUAGGCUUCACCCUCCGUCGGAGCUACAAUGAGCUAGGCCUGCUGAUCCUUUUCCUUGCCAUGGGUAUCAUGAUCUUCUCCAGUCUUGUAUUUUUCGCUGAGAAGGAUGAAGAGGACACCAAGUUCAAAAGCAUUCCGGCCUCAUUCUGGUGGGCUACCAUUACAAUGACCACAGUGGGAUAUGGAGAUAUUUAUCCCAAAACGUUACUAGGAAAGAUAGUAGGAGGGCUGUGCUGCAUUGCAGGCGUGUUGGUGAUUGCCCUGCCAAUCCCCAUCAUUGUCAACAACUUCUCCGAGUUCUACAAAGAACAAAAGAGGCAGGAGAAAGCCGUCAAAAGGAGGGAGGCACUGGAAAGGGCAAAGAGAAAUGGCAGCAUUAUCUCCAUGAACAUGAAGGACGCUUUUGGCCGCAACAUAGAGCUCAUGGACAUCAUGGUGGACAAAAAGGAUGACAAAGCUGGGAAAACGGUUCAAGUGAAUCAUGUAUCUCAGAGCCCACUGAAAGGGAAGGCCCACGUCAACUCAAGUCCCAGCAGCACCAAGCACAACCUGGAAUCAGGUCACGGGGAGCAAGCCAAGCCUUCGGGCAGCCCUCAGCAUCUCAGUGCCGACACUCUGGAGGAGAUGUACGACAACAUGGCCAAGACGCAGUCCCAACCCGACCUCAAUAACAAGGAAAAGUUGCAGCCGUCUAAAGCCAUAAGGCACAGAGCGGAAUUUGCGAUGGGAGCUGUGACGGAUGUGAGGAGCACGUCCAGCAUUGACAGCUUCAUUAGCUGCGCCACCGACUUCCCCGAAAGCGCCCGUUACAACAUUCUCGGCAAGGUCAGCACAAACCCGAGCCUGGAACCCACCUUGGAGAAUGAGAAUGAAGGUAGUGCCACACCCCUGACAGGAAGGGGCCACAAGGAUCUGCUUUGCAAUCCACUCAAGGGCCCCUCGGUCAGGGUUAGUUUCAGAGGACGGGAUUCGGGAACGGGGGUGCUCUCCGAUGGAUCGUCAAUCCAGAGCCCAGAGUUGUCCAUCUACACCACUGCAAGCAGCAGGACGCCCAGCAAGAGUCCGGAGAACUUACCUCCGCACAUCUUCACGUUCCACGACGCUUCCAUCCACAAGUUCAUCGACGCCGACACGGACGACGAGGAGCACCAGCACGACGCAUCGGUGGUCAGCCCGGCGCAGAGACUCCUACACAGAACCAGUCCAAGAUUCGGCCGACAGGGAGCCAACCACAUGGAGGACUUCCAGAGGAAGCUGGGCAGUAAUAGCGCCUGGAGGCGAGACGGGCAGGAGAACCACAUGGCUGAAGUACGGCCACUUCAGGGAGAUAAGAGUCAUUCAAAAACGUAAACUUGACACGAGCAAGUGCACACGGAAACGAGACAAUGGAGAAGCACAGUGAACUCUGAUAAAAACAAAUAUGACUGACUUUUCAAACGUGAAGGGGUAGUCGAAGGAUAGAGCACAAUAUAUUCCACCAAAAGACUUUUGGAUGAUAAUGUUGUUUAUGUUCCGCUUACAUUAAUUCAUUAGCUCGGACCCACCCUGUUUGUACAAGAAUUUAGUAGGAUUUUUGUACAAAAUAUAAUGCACCGUAAUUAGUAGAAGAUUGGCAGUUUAAGGACUAUUUUCAAAAUGUAGUUUUAUAGAAUGACAGUGGAUCCUUCAUUUACAAUUGAAUUGAUUUACGAUUUUUUUUUGCCUUUACUUAUAAGAUUUAAACAAGGGAUAUUUGAACAACAAAGUUCCCCAACAGGCAUAUUUUUUUAUAUCUCUGAUAAAAAUUACUAUUAUCACUGCAGCUUAUAACGUCGUUUGUGAAACAUUUCUUCAUGUUUUAUCUAUGUCUGUGCAAAACCGCCCCCUGGUGGCGAAGACACACACAUACAAGGAAAGAUUUUGCGUUGCCGGAACAGAACGUGGUCACAAAAUGAAUUAAACUUGUAAAUAAAGGCACCACUGUAUUUAAUGAAUUAUUUUUCCUUUUUAUGAACUAUAUCAUUAUAUAUUAUUCUAAAAGAUAUAUUUUAACCUGUGUGUUGGGCACAAAACACAUACUAAAAGCUCAAACGGAACAGUGCAUAACAUUUUCCACAGUUUUUCCAAUAAAUUCUCCCGAUAACAUGCUAAAAGGCAAGGAAUGCUUGUUUUUCUGAAAUCCCAGGACACAAAUUAAAAUGGAUUCUGAUCACAAACAAUCCAGGGGCAUUGAAACAUGACAUCUUCAACUGUCCAAUCAAAAGAAUGUACAGUGAAGCCAAAAUGUACUUUUAAUAUUCUUGUCAAGAUUUGAGAUCAAGUAAAUCAAAGUCCCUAUUUCCAUUUAUUGUUUAUUUUAUUUUUUUCUGGAAAUGACAAUACUUACUUACCCUUUUCCUUAUUUAUUUUAUGUUUUUAUACUUCUUAAAACACAUCCAAUUUUCUAAAUAUACAGUUGAUUAGAAUGCUCAAGCUUUUGCUACAUUUUUUUUUUUGCAAAAGAUUAUUUCCUCAAAAUAUGAAUCAGUUUCAAAAAAUUAAAAACUGAUAAUUAUUUUCAUCUCUAACACAACCACUUAGUCUUAUGUCACUUUCUUGCAUCAUUUACAGCCAGAUGUUUCACAUGUAUCAAAUAAAUUUGAAGCUUCUCUAAAAAUGUCUCUAAAGUAUGAAACAUUUUAGGAUUGACUGUGUAUCUUUUGACAUGUUAUCAUUGGACAGUGACCCAGAUUUCUGCUGUCGGCAAAUAUGAUGACGAUGAAAUGUUUAAAUGAGGCAUUAAUUCGUCCAAAUGUAUAGUUUGCCUCUGUUAGCCUCCUUCUUCAAAACUGGCCUUAGUUGAUGUUGUCCAGAGUUCACUGUCCGUCUAAGUUAAACAGAUGCAGCACAGAUGAGUGUGUGCAAUAAUGAUCUUUUGUAAACAAUGUACCUAUUGUUCUGUCCGUUUUGUCUUUCAAAUGUAAUCUUGAGGAGUGUUUCUGCCCGUUUGUGUUCAUAUUUGUUUUGCACAUGUAAGAGAAACAGCUGGACUUGUCCCCUAAAAGACGGCACCUUAACAUUUAAAAAAAAAAAAAAAAGAAUUUCUAUUUACUCUUGUUUCAUUCUUUGUGUUAGAUGUCAGCGUACGGUGCAGAUGGCUGUUUAUUAGCGUUCAUGUCACGUCCACUGUACGUGUUCACGCUGGCAGAUGCUCGUGGGCAUCACUUUUUAGCUGGAUAGGCGACGUUGAAAUUGUAUUGUGCGGAUACUGUACAAUGUAUUACUUAAAAAAAGAAUAGCAUAUUACAAACAAUGCCUGUUUAUUGUACAAGGAAAAGAAAAUAAUUUAUAUUUUUAAGAGAUUUUAUAAAAGAAUGGACUCUUAGUAUAUACUGUCCUAACCUCAGUUGUGCAUUUCAAUUUAUGAAAUGCAUAAUUUUCAAGUUGCAUUUAUUAGCCGAAACUAAGCAGUAGAUGCAUUUGCUUAUGUCUCCUUGUGUAAACGUUUCUCCCUUUAUCUUUUGUGCAAUAUGAAGAACCAAAGACAACUCUGUCUGCAACAUACAGUAGAAUAAAUGUAUGACUUACUUCA